CCUUCCUGCAUCAAGACCGGCAAGAUGGCAGCGGACACGCAGGUUUCAGACACGCUGAAGAAAUUUGCUGUGAAAGUGACUACAGCCAGCGUGAAAGAGCGCAAGGAGAUAUUUGGAGACUUGAAACGGUGUAUAAAGGGCAAAGAGUUGCCAGAGCCGGCCGUCAAAGGACUAUGCAAGCUCUUCUGUCUCACUCCUCACAGAUAUCGGGAUGCUGCAUCGCGCAGAGAGCUCCUCUCUGUCAUCGGCCAGCUGGCUGAGAGUCAGCCUGACAUCCUGGUAACCAGCCUGCUCCACUGCCUGCUGAACUGUGGAGUCAUCAGCAAAAAUGGAGAGCCCAGUAAAAGCACAGGCUCUGCUGCCUUCAUCGGCUUGUCUUGGACCUGCAUUUUAGUGCCCAGCGUUUUUUCUGCCCCAGAAAAAAGAGAAGGAGCUGUCUGGAAGAAAAUGGUGGAGGUUCAGAGCCUUCUUGUGGCUGGGGUGAUGGGUGGAGCCCAGAACACGGCUCAGAAAUCAAGCCUGAAGAAACUGUGUCACCUCUGGGAGGAGAACCCUGGACUGGUUGAUCAGUACAUCAGUACUCUGCUGACUCUGGAUCAGAGCUCUACAACUCUGGUCAUGCUGGGCGUGUGUUUAGACUUCUGCACCACUCAGAAAGACAAAGCUACAAUAGAGAAGCAUAAGAGUGCCCUGUUGGACCUGUACGUAAAAUCAGUCCUCAUGAGCAAGACAAAACUACAACAGCACAUUUUGGACAAAAGCAGCUCCCUACUGCGCCACGUGUCCCACUCUGAGUUCAAGGAACUACUGCUUCCUGCCCUGCAGAAGACCAUGCUCCGCAGUCCAGAGAACGCUAUGCAGACUGUCUCCUGCCUGCUGUCGGCUGUAACCCUCGACCUCAGUCAGUACGCCAUGGAUAUCGGAAAGGCUAUAGCAAGCCAGUUGAAAGCCAAUAAUGCCCAGCUGAUGGAGGAAGCGGUACAGGCCAUGCAGAACCUGGCCCAGCAGUGCAGUGACCCCACUGCUGUGCAGGAUGUCGUCACACACCUCUUCAAGAUCCUCGGAGGGUCUGAAGGAAAGCUCACAAUUGUUGCCCAAAAGAUGAGUGUGUUGUCAGGGAUUGCCAGUUGCAGCCACCAUGCGGUGUCAGGAACCUCCAGCCAGACUCUGAGCUCUGCUGUCACUGUGAUGUUUAUUCCCUAUCUACAACAAGAAGUUCAUGAGGGCACCUUGGUGCAUGCAGUGUCUGUGCUGUCUCAGUGGAGCAGUCGCCUCACAGUGGAAGUUCCCACCGCUCUGCUUGAUUGGUUGAAGAAAGCAUUCACUCUCAAGACCUCCACCUCUCUGGUUCGACACGCCUACCUUCAGGCCAUGCUAGGAGCUUUCAAAGGUGACACUCUGGCUCAAGCCUCAGACCUCGUGCCCCUGCUCCUCCAAACGGUUGAGAAGGCUGCAGCACAGAACUCCCAGCAUGCUUUGCUUGCAGAAGGUGUGGCAGCUUCUGUUCUUUUGAGUCGACUGGCUUUGUUGGAGACGCAGACAGAGGCAAAAUUUACCAGCUUUUGGAACCUGAUCUUAGAUGAGAAGAAGCCACUGUUCACUACAGAGAAGUUCCUCUCCCAGGCCAGUGAAGAAACUCUGCUCACUGUGCUGCAGCUCUGUGAAAGGCUGUUUUUGGAUCAUGCUCACCGGCUUACGGCUAGCAAAUCACAGAUGUAUCAUCAUGCCACGGUUGCAGUUCUGUUGUCUCGGAGCUGGCGUGUGAGAAAGAGGGCACAGCAGACGAUCAGGAAGCUGCUCUCCUCUCUGGGGGGAUCCAGUCUUGCCCACGGCCUUCUGGGAGAACUCCGUGUGGUCAUCAACAAACACAAAGUUUUACCCCAGGAUGUCCUGGUGUCAGAGUCAGGAGAGCUGACUGAGCUUGGUCGCAGCUACAUUCCCCCUCGUGUCCUGCUGGAUGCACUGUGUGUUGUGUGUUCUUCUGCCGGCCAGUGGGGGGAUCCUGUUGAAGCAGAGAAUUUGGCCAUGGAGACCCUCAUAGUCACUCAUCACCCAUCCAUAGUUGAAGCUCGCUGUGGCCUCUGGCCUAUUCUGCUCUCCUCCAUGAACAUAAAAGCUGAAGAAUUCAUUGAAAAGAAUCUGGAGGCGAUUCUGCCACAUCUGCUGGACGUCAAUGCCGACAAUCAGGCGGUGAAGAACGCAGUUGGCGCCCUCUCUGGCCUCUCUCCCAACAAGCUGUUGCCACGAGUGAUCAGUCAUGUCACCGAAGGGCUUUCCCGACCUGCUCUGCUUCAAAUCACCAGGGAGGAGUACGCCAUCAUGUUGACACCCGAGGGAGAACUGUAUGACAACAGCAUCAUCCAGAGUGCCCAGAAAGAAAACACCAAGAAAGUAAACAUGAAGAGAGAGAACAAGGCAUACUCUUACAAGGAACAGAUCAUUGAACUGGAGCUACAGGAGGAGAUGAAGAAGAAAAAAGGCAUCAAAGAUGAGGUGCAGCUGACCAGCAAACAGAAGGAAAUGAUGCAAAUCCAGCUGGAAAAGGAAUCUGCGAUUCGCAAAAGACUUCAAGGGCUGGCUGUGGAGCUGCAGAGCAUGGUGGGUCUGCUGGAAGCCACUCUGAUAGAGAGACCAGCAGAGAUCACCAGGGAGCUGCCCGCUGUCCUCCAGGUCCUAAUGCCGCUGCUCCACUCCCCUCUGGCUGCUCCGUGCAUCCAGCAGGUCUUCUUGGACAUCGGCGUGUGCGUCAUGCCCAAACACCUUCACCAUCUGGCUGUACUUGUGGGUCAUGUGACUUUACGGUUGCUGAAGCCCGAGUGUGACCUGGACACGGCCUGGGAACUGGAGGACCUGGACACGGCAGCCCACCGCACUGUGAUGCUGCUGCAUAACCACACAGUCCCACAGAGAGAGGGCAAGACUGGCGAUGUGGCAACACUCUCGGCUCCUGCUUUUUCCUUCUGCUUCCCUCUUCUCAACGUCACACUCAGGGAUUCUUCAGGCAGCACAGAGGAGACAGAGAACAUGAUGACUAAAGCGUUGCAGGUCAUCAACGAACACUCCCAGCUUCGGGCUGACACAGACAGCGAUGACCUUGUCAUAGAUGAGAAUGGACCAGAGCUGCUUCCACGCGUCAACAUGCUGCUGCUACUGACCAGAGUUAUUUCGACAGCCACCCCAAGGCUCCAGGUGUUGGCCUCUCAGUGCCUGACAUCUCUGUGUGCCAGUGCUGGAGGAGGAGAUGGCUGCACUGUAGCAGAGCAGUCAGAGAUCGACGUCCUGCUCAACGCCCUGCUGUCAGCCUGCUUCUCUGUUCGGGAUGCUGCCCUCAGGGGGCUGUUGGAGAUGGAAUUUGCCCUGCCUACAGAAAGCACAGAGGCAAGCGGAAUGAGUUUGCUGCGAAGGCUUUGGGUUGCCAGAUUUGAUGUCGAGGAGGAGGGACAAGCGUUGGCUGAAAAACUCUGGGAAUCUCUGGGUCUGGAGUUGGUCCCUGAGCUCUGCUCGCUGCUGAUUGGAGACGUCACUCAUCAUGAGGAGGCCAUUCGUUCUGCUGCUGCAGACGCUUUGUCAAGCGCCGUGUCCCAGUACAAAGACCAGUCUGCCACAGUGCUCGGCCAGCUCACUGAGCUUUACCAUCAGAAACUUUAUAGGCCACCUCCUGUGCUGGAUGCCCUGGGCAGAGUCAUCUCUGAAGCGCCACCUGACCAGUGGGAGGCCAGGUGUGGCAUCGCUCUGGCUCUGAACAAACUUUCACAGUACCUGGAUGAAUCUCAGGUCACCCCUCUGUUCCUCUUCUUUGUUCCUGAUGCUCUUAAUGACCGCCACACUGAGGUGCGCCGCUGCAUGCUGGACGCUGCCCUCUCAGCGCUUAACACACAUGGAAAGGAUAAUGUGAGCUCCCUGCUGCCAGUGUUUGAGGAAUUUCUGAAAAAUGCCCCACAAGAUGCCAGCUACGACUCUGUCCGUCAGAGUGUGGUUAUUCUCAUGGGCUCCUUGGCCAAACAUCUGGACAAAAAUGACCCCAAGGUCAAACCCAUCGUGGCCAAGCUCAUCACUGCACUCUCUACACCUUCACAGCAGGUCCAGGAGUCUGUGGCCAGCUGCUUGCCUCCUUUAGUUCCUGCCAUCAAGGAGGACGCUGCGGGGAUUGUAAGAAACCUGCUGCAGCUGCUGCUGGAGAGCGACAAAUAUGCAGAGAGGAAGGGAGCAGCGUACGGACUGGCUGGACUUGUCAAAGGUCUCGGAAUCUUGGCACUCAAACAGCAGGAAAUCAUGACUACGCUAACUGACGCCAUCCAGGACAAGAAAAACUUUAGAAGGAGGGAAGGCGCACUGUUUGCCUUUGAGAUGCUGUGUAACAUGUUGGGGAAGCUGUUCGAGCCGUAUGUGGUCCAUGUGCUGCCACACCUUUUGCUCUGCUUUGGAGAUGGAAACCAGUAUGUUCGAGAGGCUGCAGAUGACUGUGCCAAAGCUGUGAUGAGGAACCUGAGUGCCCACGGAGUGAAGCUGGUGCUCCCCUCCCUGCUGGUGGCCCUGGAGGAGGAGUCCUGGAGGACUAAAGCAGGCUCGGUGGAGUUGUUGGGUGCCAUGGCUUACUGUGCACCCAAACAGUUGUCCUCCUGUCUGCCCAGCAUCGUGCCCAAGCUGACAGAGGUGCUGACCGACUCCCAUGUGAAGGUGCAGAAAGCCGGCCAGCAGGCCCUCCGGCAGAUUGGCUCUGUCAUUCGCAACCCUGAAAUCCUUGCCAUCACCCCCAUUCUGUUGGACGCUCUCACCGAUCCAUCCAGGAAGACCCAGACGUGCCUGCAGACGUUGCUGGACACCAAGUUUGUGCACUUCAUCGACGCUCCCUCCCUGGCCCUCAUCAUGCCCAUCGUCCAGAGAGCCUUCCAAGACCGUUCCACUGACACCCGCAAGAUGGCCGCUCAGAUCAUUGGUAACAUGUACUCCCUCACUGACCAGAAGGAUCUGUCACCCUACCUGCCUAGCGUUAUUCCUGGACUGAAGGCCUCCUUGUUGGACCCAGUGCCUGAGGUACGUACAGUCUCAGCCAAAGCCCUGGGUGCCAUGGUGAAGGGGAUGGGUGAAUCCUGCUUUGACGACCUACUGCCAUGGCUCAUGGAGACGCUGGCUUCUGAGCAGAGCUCUGUUGACCGCUCUGGAGCUGCACAAGGUCUGGCUGAGGUGAUGGCUGGACUGGGAGUGGAGAAGCUGGACAAGCUGAUGCCAGAUGUAGUGCAGACUGCCAGCAAGGUGGACAUUGCUUCCCACGUCAGAGAUGGUUACAUCAUGAUGUUCAUUUACCUUCCUCUCACCUUUGGAGAUAAAUUUACCCCAUACGUUGGGCCCAUCAUCCCCUGCAUUCUCAAGGCUCUGGCUGAUGAGAACGAGUAUGUAAGAGACACAGCACUGCGAGCUGGCCAAAGAAUCAUUAGCAUGUAUGCUGAGACCGCCAUUGCACUGCUGCUUCCUGAACUGGAACAAGGCCUGUUCGAUGACCUGUGGAGAAUCAGGUUUAGCUCUGUGCAGCUGCUUGGAGAUCUGCUGUUCCAUAUCUCUGGUGUAACAGGAAAGAUGACCACAGAGACCGCCUCAGAGGAUGACAACUUUGGAACAGCUGCAUCCAAUAAAGCUAUCAUUUCUGCUCUGGGUGCUGAGCGUCGUAACCGUGUCCUCUCAGGCCUCUACAUGGGCCGUUCAGAUACUCAGCUGGUGGUUCGACAAGCUUCCCUCCACGUGUGGAAGAUCGUGGUGUCCAACACCCCCAGAACUCUCAGAGAGAUCCUCCCAACUCUCUUCACUCUCCUGCUGGGCUUCCUGGCUUCCACCUGCCCUGACAAGAGAACGAUUGCUGCUCGGACGCUGGGUGAUCUGGUGAGGAAGCUGGGAGAGAAGAUUCUUCCAGAGAUCAUUCCCAUCCUGGAGGAGGGCCUGCGUUCUGAUAAGAGCGAUGAGAGGCAGGGUGUCUGCAUUGGCCUCAGUGAGAUCAUGAAGUCCACCAGCAAAGACGCAGUGCUUGUCUUCUCUGAGUCACUGGUCCCCACAGUGAGGAAGGCUCUCUGUGACCCUCUGGAGGAGGUCCGAGAGGCAGCAGCCAAGACCUUUGAGCAGCUCCAUGCAACCAUCGGCCACCAGGCGCUGGAUGACAUCCUGCCGACCCUGCUCAAACAGCUGGACGAUGAGGACACAGCUGAGUUUGCUUUGGAUGGCUUGAAGCAAGUCAUGGCAGUGAAGAGUCGCUCUGUGCUGCCUUAUCUGGUUCCAAAGCUGACAGCUCCUCCUGUGAACACCAGAGUGUUGGCCUUCCUGUCUGCUGUGGCUGGAGACGCUCUGACCCGACACCUUGGGGUCAUCCUGCCUGCCCUGCUCUCUUCCCUUAAAGGAAAGCUGGGAACAGAGGAUGAAGCACAGGAGCUGUGCAGUUGUCAGACAGUGAUCCUUUCUGUGGAGGAUGAAGUGGGCCAGCGGAUUAUCAUCGAGGACCUGCUGGAAGCCACCCGAGGAGCCGACCCUGGCCUCAGACAGGCUGCCAUUACCAUUCUCAACGCCUAUUUCGCUCGCACCCGCCUGGACUACAGCGCCCACACACGCACACUGUUGACAGGUCUCAUUCGCCUUCUUAAUGACUCUAACCCAGAGGUCCUGUCUCAGAGCUGGGACACCAUCAACUCUAUCACCAAGAAACUGGACGCGAGCAGCCAGCUGGCUCUAAUCGAUGAUCUGCAUCGAGACAUUAGAUCAGCAGCUGCAGAUGUAAAGGGUCAGCACCUGCCUGGCUUCUGUCUGCCCAAGAAGGGUGUGACCUGUAUCCUGCCCGUUCUGAGAGAAGGUGUCCUCACUGGCAGCCCCGAGCAGAAAGAAGAGGCAGCCAAAGCAUUAGGUGGUGUCAUUAAACUCACCUCUCCUGAAGCUCUACGGCCAUCUGUGGUCAACAUCACUGGACCUCUUAUUCGAAUCUUGGGAGACCGUUUUGCCUGGACAGUGAAGACUGCCCUGCUGGAGACUCUGACCCUGCUGCUGGCGAAGGUGGGCAUCGGUUUGAAGCCCUUCCUGCCACAGCUGCAGACCACCUUCCUGAAGGCCCUGCAGGAUUCGAGCCGUGCAGUGAGGCUGAGGGCUGCAGAGGCUCUGGGUCAGCUGGUUUCCAUCCACACCAAGGUCGACCCGCUCUUCACAGAGCAACUGUCAGCAAUCCGCAACGCCGAGGACUCAGGAGUCAGGGAGACUAUGCUCCAAGCUUUAAGAUUUGUCAUCCAGGGGGCUGGAUCAAAGGUGGACCCAGCCAUUCGCAAAAACAUCACCACCACAUUGCUAGGCAUGCUGGGACAUGACGAGGAUGCAACCCGUAUGGCCUCAGCUGGCUGUGUUGGUGAGCUGUGUGCCUUCCUGUCAGAGGAGGAGCUGAAGAGUGUGUUACUUCAGCAUGUCUUGGCGGACGUGUCAGGUGUGGACUGGAUGGUGCGUCAUGGUCGUAGCUUGGCUCUGGCCAUCGCCGUCAAAUCAGCUCCUGAGAAGCUGUGUGGGAAGGAGUACUGUGAUACUGUGACUGAGACAAUUUUGGCCAACGCCACUGCUGACCGGAUUCCUAUUGCUACCAGUGGGAUCAGAGCUGUAGGAUAUCUGAUGAGACAUCAGUUCAGGACGGAGGGAGGCAGUAGUGUUUCCCAACGCAUCAUCACACAGUUUGUGAAGUGUCUUCAGAAUCAGUCCAGUGACAUCAGAUUGGUGACAGAGCGGGUGCUGUGGUGGGUAUUUAAAGACCCUUCACCGUCCAUGGAGGCCAGUCUCAUCAAGCCGCUGCUGAAGAGCCUGCUGGACAACACCAAGGAUAAGAACACCAGCGUCAGAGCCCAGAGCGAACACACAAUCGUCAACCUGCUACGACUGCGCCAGGGAGAGGAAACUAUGCAGAGUAUCACUGCCAUUCUGGACUCUGCAAGUAACGACCUGCUGUCAGAGUGUCACCGCCGGUCUUUGAAGAAAAUCGCCAGCCUGCCAGACUCCAAUGAAGAGAUCGAUGACACUAUCCUAACAUGAUGGAGCAGGACUAAACAGUAAAAUGAUAUCUGCAGAAGUCGACAGACGCUUGACUGACAUAUUAAACAAAUCUCCCGUGUAUGAGAACCCCAGACACACUCGGCACACAUGUUGCCCUUCAUGGGCUGAGGCUGAGAUGAGCAGUGUUUUGACUGGUUUUCCCACAUACUGUAUUCCUCAACAAAUUUCUUUUUUGUUUUCUUUCUCACUUUACAUCUUUGUUUUAGCAGCCUUUAAGCCCAAUUUAUAAUUUGUUUUAUUUUAUCUUGCGAUGUACAGGUUAUUCUCCUGUACUGAGCUACAUUAGGAAUGCCAAAUCUGUUUUGAUAUUUCAAUGUUUUGCUACUUAUUUUACCAAAAUGAUUUCAAGCAUUGCCUCUGUAAUGAAACAGCAUUUCUCUCUUAAACUUUUAUUUGGACCUUGUGUGCGAGAGUUAGUUGUUUGGGGAAAGCAACCUCUUAUAAGAAUACAAUCAUUCUUAUGUCAGUGACACAGUUGUAAAAAGGCAAUACAAAAUAAAAAAGAUCUUGAUUUCA